AUGGCGGUGAACCAGAACCACACCGAAAACCGCCGAGGGGCCAUCAUCCCUGAUGGCGAAAGUGUCUUGAUGCAUUCUUGUGAUGUGGACCUCUCCUUCCCACGGCAACCAGAGGGAUCUAAUCUCUUUAGUGGUACGAAGAGGGGAACAUUGUUUCUCACUUCAUACCGGGUGAUCUUUGUGACUUCACACUCGGUCAAUGAUCCCAUGUUUUCUUUUAUGAUGCCAUUUGAUCUGAUGAGUAACUGCACCAUUGAACAACCAAUCUUUUCUGCCAACUACAUUAAAGGAACCAUUCAGGCAGCCCCAGGUGGUGGCUGGGAAGGACAGGCUACUUUUAAGUUAUCUUUCAGAAGAGGAGGUGCCAUCCAGUUUUCCCAGUUGCUGAUGAAAGCUGCCUCUGCUGCUGCCCAAGGAGUUCCACUUAGAAGUAUAAAUUACUGGUUUGACACUUCAGGACUGCUUAUCACUACUGGGCAGGAGAGUCUGAGGUGUAACCAACGGCUGCCUUGUCCAGUUGUUGUCUAUGAGCCCCAACCUGUGAGAUAUGAAGCCCCACUGGGGGCAUCUGGAGCCCCACCUGCCGGAUACGGAGGCCCACCUGCAGGAUACGGAGGCCCACCUGCAGGAUACGGAGGCCCACCUGCCGGAUACGGAGGCCCACCUGCAGGAUACGGAGGCCCACCUGCCGGAUACGGAGGCCCACCUGCAGGAUACGGAGGCCCACCUGCCGGAUACGGAGGCCCACCAGAAGGAUCAGAAGCCCUGCCUGUGAGAUAUGGAGCCCCACCAGCAGGAUAUGGAACCCCGCCUGCAGGAUAUGGAACCCCACCAGAUAGAAAUGAAUUUCCACCUACUAGAAAUAGAGCUGGGUCCCACAAAUCUGUGGCUGCCCAGCCUGCUGGACAUGAGUCUUCUAUUCCUUCCACCUCAUCUUCUCAGGCCCAUUUACCACCUUCUGUGAAGUAAAGCCUGGAGACUCACCAAGCAAAGUGGCACCCUAAAACUGAAGUCAGGAUAAGAAAGACGACUCAGGUAUGUGUUUA